AUGAACGGAUUUGCUGCAAUCCUGGUGUUGCUGGGAGUCUUUUGGACUCAGACUUCUGCGUUGGAGACCUUUGUCCUGCCAGAACCUCAAAAUGACUAUGUCACUGGAACUAUGACUAUUGACAACGAUAACCACAUUGUUGAUGUCCAUGUCCGUUCUGGCGUGUACUCCUCUGAUACCAUUUUUGAUUACAUGCAUGGAUAUAUUGCAACGAGAUUAUUUUCACGAAAUGCCUGCUUUAUCAUGAAAAUACAUAAGGAAUCCAUCCCAGAGCUGCAUGAAAUUGGACGGCUGGCUUUUGAGAGACAGACUAUGAACACGGUAUACUCUCCAAAUAAUGUGUGGGUACAGUUUCAGUCUGGCCAUUCCACGCUUGGGACUGUCAAAGACUGGCUUGUCUAUGGUAAAGCCAUUGAACAACUCUGCAGAGGUCUGCCUCUCUACCACCUUGCAAAGACUGAACCACUACCGAAUGUUCAUGGCUGUUCCAGUGCUGGAAUUCCAAGCAUUUUGGGCCUUAAAAUCUGUGAAAAAAUCAAUUAG